AUGCAGAACAGCAGAGGUGUCCACACAGCUCGUGUGGCUCUGCUCUACCAGGCCAUUGAACCUCCAAGCAUCAACGGCGUCCGCAAACCAAUGAAGCCUGGUGGCUACCAAGACGGAUGCGCCGACAUUGCUUUCAACCUAAGCAAGCAACCCGGCAUCGACAUCAUCACCCCCAUCGACUCACCCAACCCUCGAGAACACGUCGGAUGGAGCUUCCCAGACUCUGAAGAUGGAAUUCUCGCAGCUCUACAAAAGGGAGCCACCCAUCUGUUCGCCAACACUGUCGUCUUCGCCAGCCAUCCAUUGCAAACAUCAUCAAGAGUCGGAGAAUACCAAGAUAAAGUCAAAGUGGUGGGACAUCCUCCAUGCAUGGUAGAACUGCAUGACGACAAACAUUACGUCAACGACAUGCUUCGCAAAUCCGGCAAAUUCACCUUACCUCGCGGCUGGCUACUCGAAGACGACGCCUCAGACCUCGACGCCAGACUCACAUCCCUAGACCUCCAUUUCCCCACCGUGGGGAAACCAGUCAGAGGCCGCGGCAGCCACGGCGUAAGAGUCUGCCAUGACAUGUCCGACUUGCAAUCGCACAUCCACUCUCUAUUCAAAGAAUCCCCAGCCAUAAUCCUCGAAGACUAUCUCGCAGGCGAAGAAGCAACCGUAACAGUCAUGCCGCCUUCAGAAUCCCAUCCCACUCACCGCGCUCUACCCAUCGUCACACGCUUCAACCACGCCAAUGGCGUCGCACCCUACAAUGGCAUCGUCGCCGUGACCGCAAACUCUCGCGCAGUCACCGCUGCUGAGUACGCGAAGGAUCCCACUUACGCAGCCAUCGCAAAGCAAUGCGAACAAGUGGCUGCUUUGAUGGGAUUAACGGCCAUCAUGCGUAUAGACGUGCGUCGCUUUGAGGAUGAACCUAGAUCCGAGUUUGCGCUGUUUGAUGUGAAUAUGAAGCCCAAUAUGACUGGACCGGGAAGACCGGGUAGAGAGGAUCAGGCGAGUUUGAGUGCGAUUGCUGCGGCAGAGUUGGGAUGGGAUUAUCAGAGGUUGUUAACAGAGAUGUUGGGGGGUGCGCAGUCUUUGCGAAAGUUGAGAGAGAUGCGACCGGAUCAUGCGUAG